GAAGGAGAGCUCAAUCUGUCCCAGGAGUGAGAUAGUGAUGGUGAAGAGGAAGAGGCGGCAGUUAAGGUGGUGACUGAUGUGGACUAAAAUUCUGGUUCAGCUUUGGAUUCUGAUUUGAGUAGAGACAUAAGCUUCAGUAGCUUUAAUCUUUUUUUUUUACCUUCAGGGAAAUUUCAGCACAUUUGGAGUCAAGAUAUUUAAAACCUAAAAUCCUAUUCCUUAGAGCUGAUGCUGCUGUGAAAGAUGCAGAUGAAGAGGAACAAGACUAUUUUGUCUUCACUUCCUGUGUUUGGAGGCUAAAAAGCUGAGCAGAUGUUUUUCAGGUUGAUCUCCAAACCUGCACAUCAGCACAAAGCAACAUGAGCCAAAUGUAAAACUGCACUCAAUGCAGAGUUAAUGUUGAAGACAUGAAGCAUGAAUGGAAUCAUGUUGGGAGUCUGGUCUAUGAAGCAUCCACCUGGGUGUCCCUGGUUCUGUUGGGGCUUCUGGGCUCAGUUAGCAGUUGUCCUACUAUCUGUACCUGCUACAGUAACACAACUGAUUGCUCUGCUGUGGGGCUUGCCUCUCUGAAGCCCAUCCUAGAGCAGCUGGACUUGGACUCCCUGGUACUCCAUCUUUCUCAGAACAAUCUCUCCUCCUUGGGUAGCAAUGACAUGUUAAAUCUCAGUAGUGUGGAGCGAGUAGAUCUGUCCCAGAAUCAUUUUUACAGCUUGCAACCCAGAGCUUUCCUUGGCCUGAGCAGCUUGCAAUGGUUAAAUCUCUCUUCUAACUACCUUGGCAUUCAUGUAGCAGCCUCCGACCUCCCUAACAGCACAGCAAUUGGCCAAGACCUGAAUGGAGGUUUUGAGAGUGUUGGUUUAAGCAAGGAGGUCUUUAAGGGUUUGUGGCAACUGCGGGGGCUUGAUCUGUCCUCUAAUGGCCUCCUAUUGCUGCCUAAGGGCCUGCUGGACGGACUUCAGAGCCUCACCUGGUUAUCCCUGGCUUGCAACCGGCUAGUGGCCCUAGAAAGAGUUACAUUUGAGCCCCUAAUGAACCUCCAGCAGCUCCAGCUGGCUGGAAACCCCUGGGAGUGUGACUGCAAAUUGAGGGAUUUCAAGCACUGGAUGGAGUGGUUAAUUUACAGGGAUGGGCAGGUAGAUAUGAUACUGUGCAAUUUUCCCAGGAACCUGAAGGGCAGGGACAUCCGGAGCAUCCCAGCAGAGAUGUUCACCUACUGUCUAAGUCCAACCAAGGACGGUGUAUUAAAUCUGGCCACUAGGCCUCCCUGCCCCCCUGGGCGGGUCAGCAGCAUGGAUGAGUGUGUUCGCCAGCGACAUAGGCCAGUCAGCGUGCGCCGGGCACAUGGCACACAAAUGGUAGCGGGAGUGGUGUGUGGCACAGUGUGCAUCAUGAUGGUUGUCGCAGCAACUUACGGCUGUGUCUAUGCCUCCCUCAUGGCAAGGUACCAGAGGGAGAUGAAGAGCCGCGGGCAGCCUCUGAUAGCCAAGUCUGGAGCAGAGACUGACCAGCAUAAUGGGGAAGCUUCAUCUCCUGAUACACCAGAGGCACCACCUAAAGAAGGCUAUGACUUUGUGUAUGGCUAUCGAAUCAGCAGCUUCUGACACACUGUAGCAUCAACGCUUUGGCACUUUGGUCCUUGGCUCUCUGACAGUGUCUGCAGAGAAAAAUCCCACAGUUCUGCCAGUGCGCUACAACUCUUUGGGCAUGGGGUAACAGUACAAAUAAUUUAGCAGAUUAGAUUAGCUGAAGCUGAAAAGAUGAAGCUUGUUUGAAAUGACUUGGUGCUCUGCAUAUGAAACCUCCCUACAGCUGCGGAUUGGCACUUCUGCACAUUCAAGUGUUUUUAUUUGUGUUUUCCUUUGUUCUGAAACUCUUUUUCUUCAAAUGUGUGUCUUACAUCUGGAUACAAGCCUAAGAAGCACACCAAUGCAACUGUAUUUCUUUCCCACAAACUGUGUCCAUUUUGUAUUUGACAUACUGUGAAUUAUUGAAGGUUUUAAUAUUUUUCUGUCACAUUUUCUCAUUACAGACCAUGAUGUGUGGAUAAAUACAGCUUUGAACUUCAACUUACUACACAUAAAUAAUUCCAGACGUCUGGUGUCACCUAGAGGAGACACUUUGAACUACAAAGCCUCUUAUCCAGGAACAACAUUUAAAAUCAGAGUUAUGGCAACUAUAAUUUUAAACAUGAACUGAUACUGAAACAUGUGAGGAUGUCAACCCUGAAUAAUUGUGAAGCACCAAGCAUUGUCUUGAUUUUGUUUUGUUGAUAAGCAACACGUUUCUUUGAAAUAUUAUCUCAAACUGCACUUUUUAUCAAGCUAAAGAUAAUAAAAUCCUCCUCUCUCAACCA